CUUAUACUUCAUGCGGCACCGACUCCAGGUACUCAAGUAGCAUUCGGUUCUCAAAGUAGCCUAUAUCUCCAUCAUAAUCCGAUCAAUUGGCUGAGAUCAAUCAGGUUCACAACAAGUGACAAUGGAAGAAGCCUCGGAGUCGCCGCCCCGACUCUUUCGGAAAUUGACUUUGCCAGCUCGCCCGACACAAGAAUAUAAUAGUGACAGUGAUUCUGACGUGUACAUGGAUCGUUCCAAUCGUCCCCGGAGACGAUCUACCCGGGGAGGCUACUAUGAUAGCCCAGUGGAAAAUACAUCAGACUCCGAGUCAAAUGUACACUCUUCUGACGAAAGCAGCCCAGACCGCUAUAAAUCAUCCGGACGUGGUCGCCACUAUCGCGAACGAUCAAGGUCUCGCACGCGUUCAUUUAAAUACAAAGAACCGCGAAGCACACGGCUUGAAAGGAAAGGUAUCUAUCCAUUUCUCCUUCGCGGGAAUCAGGACGGCGCGCAAUCCUUUACGGAAGAUGGCAGCAGCGAUGGUGAAUUGGGCGACUCAGUCGAAUCUGCCACGAAAGCCAGCCGAGUCUUUGAACCCUCGCACACAUUGCACUCAGCGAUUGAUGAAGUCCACUAUAUUUACAACUCUCGCUACACCGGAGAAAAGUUGUCCUAUGGGGGCUUGCAAUCUGCGGAGCUUACGACUGGUCAAUUCGAUGGGAAGAGCUCCAAGGUUCCUCUUUUUCGGUGGAUCCAUCUCAAAGACGAGGAUAUGAAUUUCGACGUCUUUCAAGACCGAGUAGAUCACAUACCAAAUCUGAACAUAACGCAAAGAACAGCUAUCACCAAAUUGCUACGAAAAGUGGAGAAGAAAUUCGACAGCCCCCUGCAAGUCGCAGACCGUCCUGUGAUUCGUAUCAUGGAACCCGGAUUUCUCCCAACAUCAGAAUGGCCAGAUGAUUACGGGCCUGUGAAAAAAGAGGCUGCAUCGCCGACUACUGCAACAUGGAUAUGUUUUCCUUAUUUCUGUCUUGACCAGUAUCAAGGCCUUUUCGCCAAUAUCAAAAAAGGCGCUCAUCCCAUGCAUACGUUAUUACAGAUGCGAUCGUCAUUGGUAAACGAGAAGCGAGAAAAGCAGCAGGCCGUUUGUCAAAUUAGUGAAAAUUCGAAGAAGCUUUGUUUUCAUGUGGGACAGCUAUGGUGUUUGAUUCUGGAUGAUUCCCUUCUGGUCACCUGCGGCCGGAUGUCGUUUCGUACAUUGAAAGGCGAGAUUGUCUCAUUGAACGAAAUGCCUGGACCUAGUUCGUUAGAUUCCCCGAGAAUCCUGGUGUCUUACGGAAGUUCCGUUUUGUGGAUGUUCACUGUCGAUGAAUGUCCAACCUGGGUUAGUUUUACUACAAGGUUUUGGCAGUUUCAACCUAGUACAUGUGAAAUCCUGUACCAUGGUCAACCGGUCAAUUCAGCUUCAUGGCCGCGUAUUCUGGAAUACGCUACGCGCAGCGAGCAGAGAAAUCAAGGCCCCUUGCGGUUAUCAUUUAGAUUAGCUAGGAAAACGAAAAAAGACAACCCAAACUUUAUGGCAAUCAGCCCAAAGGACUUGGAACCACCCUCCACUACUAUUAAUACUGAAGGUGAAGGUGAAGAAGCUACAAGUACUGUGCCGGACAUUGAAUCCACGGCGUCAUUGAUGGCAAACUUCGCAGUUUUUACCGAGCUAAACAGAAAUAGCCAAACAAGUCGCGUGGUCUCAGCAGCUAAAAUGGAUACCAAGCAGCUACAUGAAGAUUUGGAACGAAUGAACAAUUUCCUCACUCACCAGAUAGAGCCACACGAGCGUAUCGCGUACAAAGAAUGUCCGGAAUCUUCUCGAAAAGCGGUUUUCGAUGAACUACGCGCCAUGAUAGAGCAUGAACAGCGAAACAGAAGGCCUGAGGAUAUAAUACGCACAGAAGCUGAGAGGAGUCUGCUUGAGUUCAAGAAGGAUUUCGUCGGGUCAUGCGAUUAUAUUUUCAAAUUCUUCUUUCCGCCUACGCUCACGGGGCCGGGGACAGGGAAGUUUUGGGGAGCGUUGCAUAGGAUUAUAUCUGCCAAUAUUCCCUACGAUGACAUGUCAACGUCUCCAAUUCGAGUUCGGCGCGGUAGGAUGGGCGGUAGGACGGGUGGUACCCGAGGACCGGAUAUGGAGGAGUGGGAGUUUGAGCUGGAGAAUCUCGUGAAACGGUUCCGAUCAAUCGGACGCAAGAUCAUGCCAUUCAACUCCGUCAUUACGCAGGCAGCACCCGUCGACCGAGCGAAACUAAAAGUUCCAGAGUCGUUGCCCAACGCAUGGAUUCAUCUUGUGAUGGCGCUCGUUUUGUAUAUGGAACCGCGGCUAGGGAACUGGGAGUUGAAGGCGGACGCGACCGCUCUGUUGCUGAAUCGAGGGAUUGAUUCUAUGUUGAAAUCGAUUAUCACCUUAAAGCCAAUACUCGCCGAUACAGUUUUCACACCCUUUGAUCUUGCGACGUUGCUAGUCUUUCGGCUUGCGAAGGAUGUGACCGAUUCGCGGCCUGAUAUUGAGCAGACGUACGCCCAACAUCUCACUAUACUUGACAACGAAGUAAAAACCAAAUCCCUAGAUCGAUCGCACCAAGCCCGCUUACAGCUAUUCAAGGAGGAGCUCGCGGCCAUCACAAAAACACUGAAAAUGCAGGACGACGUGGUAGCAAGUAUCACAUGCAAUGGGCAAGCAAAACCAAAGAGUGAUCUUCGUACUUACGUUAUUCGUCGUGGUCAUGAUAAACAUGAAGAUGACGAUAUUGUCAUUCGUCGUGACUUCGAGGACCGUGGCUAUGAUAAAUAUGGAGAUGCCCCGCGGAACAGCCCCUACGCUGCGGACGACGCUCUGUUCGACGAGUUCUUCAAAAACAGUCGGCGAGACCCCGGCGGCUUUCGGGAAUUUUUGGUUAGGGAUCUUCUAAGCGGUAUUGCAAGUCGGAAAAGGCGGUUUGAUGAGAUGAGUGAUGAGGGGAGUGAUUUGGCGAAAUGGAAUCUCGAUCAAAUCGACACCAACCGCGAUCGACAGGACUCUGCGAUCUAUGUAUUCACCGUCGUUACAGUCAUUUUCCUACCCCUCAGUACAGUCGCUGGGAUCCUGGGGAUGAACACGAAUGAUGUGCGGAAUAUGGAUGUGAAUCAAUGGGUGUUUUGGGUGGUUGCACUGCCACUUACGUUGAUUAUUAUAUUUGCCGGUCUGGUUGCUACGGGUGAACUUCGGAACUUUUUCGGUACUUUGGUCGGGCUCUGGGUGCAGCGGAAGACAUUGCUGGGUGGAGGUGGUUGGGCGGUGAUUCAAGAAGAUUCAGGUUAUGACUGGGACAAGAGAGGUGACAGGAGGCGAAGGAUUCGAGUGUUUUGAGCCAGUCCCUGGAUGGAAAUAGCAGGGGUGGUAUAGAUGCGGAUACAUCGAUGAUGGUUGGAACACAUAUAUCGAGUUCCUCCGCUUCGACUACGUGACAGACUAUCAAGUUAGUGAUACAAUUAAAAGUUAGGCGUGAUAGAUAAAUGUAAAUUUAGUAACAAUGACGAC